UGUGGGAGGCGCGUGGGGUUUAUUCUGCCCAAAACUAGCUUAAAUGUUGUAAAUAUUUCCAAUUUAGCUCGCAGCUUCGACACAUUUCAACGCUUUUUUUGGCUUCAACUUUGACACCCAAUGUGGAAAAUUGUGAAAUUAUGAAAGUUUAUCCCACGCCGUCAUGGUGUGCCGAACAGGCUGUAAUUUUGGGGCGCAUCUAAGCCUCAGGGAGUGGAUUUCUUACCUCCAGGAAGCAUGUACGACCAUUUGACAGAGGAGCUCUGGAAAGAAUUGGGACCGGUGGACCGCGACUGGUUCCAGUUGUUGACCACACGGGCCUUCUCUCGGGAAGGAAACGUCUCCGAUCAAGAAGAUCAACUGUGUCCCAACCAGGAGGGAAAAUUCAAGACUCCUUUGGGGAAAACUGCUGCCGCUGCGGCAGAAAGUCAACAGUUUUCAACACCUAAAGUGUUCAGACGCGCUUAUGGCGUGUCCCCGGACGCCAAAGACCAACAACAAGAGAAGGAAACGCUGCCAUGGAGUGGCAGGAGUCCAUGUUUGUUUCGGCUUUCCAAAAACACGUUCCCGGGUUUAAAUUAUGGACAUGCACAGCCACACACGCCGGGCUGUUUUGAUUUGCUGAACACGCCACAAAAAUCCCCAGCCAGCUACGCCCAACACAUUUCCGAAAGCCUGGGCGCCAACAUUCACCCCGACAUAUCGUGGACCAGUUCUCUCAAUACACCACCGGCUCUCCCUUCCACACUCAUUUUAUCUAAAGCAGAUGAAAGUCCCUGCCCGGUGACAUUUUCUGUGGGUAAGAGUGUUGUGCUGGUUCGGAAGCUCUUCCCUUCUCUUUCCAAUGCAUCCUGUAAUGGAGCGACGUCACCGCAAAGCAAUGACCCACCUGUGUUUCUACAAGAUUCUGAUUCUCCAGAGGCUGACCCUCACCCAGCGUCUCAAAGGCCCCCUCACGGUUCCCUGGAACACAGCGACGGCAUCUGGAGAAAGCAGGUCCUGGACACCAUCGAGGACGAGGCGAUCCGCAGCCCAGUGGCCAGUGUUCUCGACAAUGCCGAAAACAGUCCGGACACAUUUUUCACCAAUAGGAAUUCGGUACUGAGGAAGGUGAAGAGCGACAGAAUGCAAAGGAGGCAAGAAGAACGCCACAGCAGCUCCUCGGACGUUUCAACUGAGUCCAAGCCUGUCUCCCCUGAACAAGGAGAAUCUGAUCAAGAGCUAUGCAGAAAGCAUCCAGUUGAAUGCGGAGACACUGGACUCACACAGUGGUCACCGUUGAGUUUAUCGGACAUUCUUGCCACCACUGUUGCGCCACAAGUGGGAGAUAAAUCUACUUCAACACAAGCAAAGAAUGAAUGUAAUUCUGGCCAGCCAGUUAGACCAUCUUUGAACACUGCUGGAUUUACAAAGAAAAAGACCAAAUUCAUUUACACCAUUGACAAGGAGAAGCACUCUCUGAAGAACAACUCCAAACAAGGUCAUGAACUGUCUGUUACAUUGGUGCCAAAAACCUGUGACGAAGCAGGCGGUUGCAACAUCAGCGAUGGAAAGGAGGAGCUUCAACAAUGGGAACAUAUCCCUAGAGAAAAGCUGCCUCCCUUGCUUCGAGCCAACACGCAGGAUUUGGACAUGUCGCAGCUUUGCCGAGCAUUUGCGCAAGACUUCAGUCAAAUGUCCCACCUGGGCGCACCAUCUAAAGCAGCUCCACCACCACCAUCACCUCCUCCUCCUAGCAGCUUCUCCCCAUUGGCCUGUCUUACAGCGUUGAAAGUUGCUCGACAAAAGGCCAAAAGGCAAGCAAGCGUUCAUCGUGAAGCACCCCUCGACGAGUCAGUCGCUGAGGUAGUGGCGAGUGACAGCGGUUUCCUGUCAGCCAGUGCAGACUUCUCACAUGUAACCACGUCUUGCUUGGAGAAACCCAAUCCAAGCGACCAGUGCACUUUAGAGUCUACAAGUAGAGAACAAAGCAAGGUGUGUUUGGAGGAGCUUUCACUUGGAACAGCCACCAAGGAUACAUCAGCGCGGCUACUCUGCAGUCCUGCAGACUUACCCUGCCCGCCACUUUUACUUCAAUCCAGUGAUUGCGAAAAGACCCAAAAGAAUGAAGCUGUUUAUCUUCUCUCAAAACAGUUGACAGGUUUCAAAACGGCUUCCAACAGAGGUAUACAAAUAUCAGCAGCCAACCUACAGAAAGCAGAGCACCUCUUUGACGAGACCAUUGGUCAGCAACCAAUCAAAGUUGUCUGUGACAAGGAAAUUUCCGCAACGCUAUCUUCUGUCGUGAGCCGCCCGGUAAAAGUUUCAAGAAAGUGUCUGUGGAAAGAUGAUGAAAAUAGUAGCGAGACAGACGAAGGGAAGCCUCGUAGUGACUCCUCUAUCAAACAAGUUCAAAAUGCUCCAAAAAGUCCUGGAAACAUGAGCACUGGUGCAUGUCAGAUUGAUCAACACAUCAGAUGCGACUGGUAUGCCAAAGAGGAAAUUCCUGCAAUUCCUUCUUCUGCCCCAAGCAGACUCAUAAGAGUUUCUAAAAAAGUCUCUUUGAGUCCGAAAGAGGACCGUUUGGCAUUUGAACUUUACGACACAGAGGAGUCACUUCAAAGCGUCUCUUCAUCAAUCAAGCGGCUUCAAAAUGGUCCCAAAAGUCCUGGAAAUAUGAACGCAGUCGCAUGUCAAGCUGAUCAGCCCAUUGAAUACGACCUCGACGCUGAAGUGGGAAAUCCCGCCUUUGCUGUUGCACCGUUAGGCCAAAAACUCAACCAGGGCAACUGCCAGCUGACUGCCUCCGAGAAGGCUGAUGUGAAGGAGCUGUGCAUCCUCCUGGAAGAGGAAGACAGCCAGUUUGAAUUCACGCAGUUCAGAACUGUAAAGGUGAAACAACUGGGUCAAGAGGGUUCCACCUCUUCACCUACAGUGGGCAAAGACCUCGACCCUGACUUCCUGUCCAGUAUUAAUUUCGACGACAGCUUUUGCACAGAGGCAAAUGAGAAAAUAGUCUUUACGUCAAACGAUAAAACAAAUCACGAAGAACCCAAUGUGGCAAAGGAACCUCCACUAGAACCUUUGAAAAAAGAAGCAACAAUCUCUAGCAGAUUUCAAACAGCUGAAGCAGGUGUCAUGAGAGUUUCCAAAAAGUGUCUGAAGAAAACCAAACAUUUAUUGCAUGACUUGGAGUGGGGUACUUCAGCACACAAGCCAAGUGGCGAAGACUGUAGGCGAACUCUGCAUGAGAGCACUUCUCAGAAAGAGAAUAAUUUUAAAGACAGCCAAGGCUUCCUUUCAUCGGUCAAACCCGUUCAAAGCUCUCCAAAAAGUACUGGUGAUAUGCAGGCAGCUAUGCAUCAAGGUGGCUUCCAAAUGGCCAGUGGGAAAACAAUUUUGAUUUCGCCCAGAGCGAUGCAAAGGGGAAAUGCUGUCUUCAAGAACUGUAUUCAUGAAAAUGAACAUCACCUUGUGGGAAGUAAGCCUUUAACGAAUCCAGCGUUGUCAUCCUCGGCUUCACCGACUCUUGUCUCCUCUAUCGAUAGCUACUUGAGCAGCAGUGCUGGAUUCCGCCCAGCCGGUGGGAAGGGAGUACCUUUAUCUGCUGAGGCCAUGGCUCAGGCCAAACAUCUUUUACAAGAAGAGCAAGUGAAAUGUGGAACCUCUUUAGGAAUCAAACAUGUUGACCGUCGGCCGAGUGGGUUCCAGACAGCAGGUGGUAAACAAGUAGCUGUUUCCGUCGCUGCUCUGAAGAAAGCAAAAUCAUUGCUUGAUGAUUGUAAUGAAGUCGAGGAACAUCCAUCCCGUUAUCCACCAGAGAGAAAAUGUGAGGUCCUGUCAGAUAGCGAGAAGCCUGGGUCAUUUUCAGACAAGUCUUUCUUUGACAAUCUCUGCUCCACUUUAGAGAGUCCGUCUGUUUCUGGUGUAAAGGCGUUUAAUGCAAAAAGAGGAAAUGCUACAAAUGUGGAGAAAGAUGGCUCAAAAUAUCCAGUGGAAAAAGAAGAAAUACAGCAUUCUGAAAACCAUGCAAAUCCAUCUUUGGAGGUUGGUUCUUCUUCCCUGGGUGGUGGUGGAUUCUCUACUGCCAGUGGAAAGAAGGUAUGCGUAUCUGCGGCGGCCAUGAAAAAAGCCAAACAUCUUUUGCAGGAAGACCACGAGGAUGACCUCAGCUCAGAAAUGAAACACAAAUGUUUCUCAGGAUUCGAACGUGUUGACUGUCGGUCUGGCGGAUUCCAGACAGCUGGAGGCAAGCAACUCGUGGUUUCUUCUGCGACUCUUAAGAAGGCAAAAGUCUUGCUUAAUGAUUGUGAUGCAAUUGAAAAACAGCGAGCCUGUUAUCCAGCUUCAAGAAAAAGUGAGUUCCUUUCAGCUAGCCGAAAUCCCGUAUCAUUUUCAGCCAAGGCUGACCUCUGCUCCGUUUCAGAGAGUCCAGCUGCAAAGACUUGUGGCUUAAAACCAGCAAAUGCUACAAACAUGGAGAAGAUGGCUGAGCCAAACAUGAAUGCUGGGCCAUUUCUAGAAAAUAAAAAUAUACAUCAUCAUAACCUGGAAAAUCAUGGAACUCCAUCUUUGGAGCGUGGUUCUUCAUCACUGAGUGGCGGUGGAUUCUGUACAGCCAGUGGGAAGAAAGUAAUGGUGUCCACCGCUGCCAUGGCAAAAGCCAAACAUCUUUUGCAAGACGACCACGAAGAUGACUCUACCAAACACGGAAGCUUUUUGAGAGUCGAACGCAUUAACCACAGAUUCCUGACUGCCGGAGGCAAACGAGUCGCUGUAUCUCCUGCUGCAGUUAAGGAUGCUGCAAAUUCCUUACUUGAUUGUGAUUCAGUCGAGGAACAACCACCCCUUGAUGCACCAGCAAGAAAAAGUAAGUUCCUGUCUGCUAGCGAAAAGCCUCUGUCAUUUUUAGACAACCGUGUCUUUGACCAGGUCGGCCCCACUUCGGAGAGUCUGUCUGUUUCUGGUUUGAAGGUGAAGUUAAAUUGUCUCAACUAUCCCAUGGAAAAUGAAAACAUACAGCAUCAUGACAAACUGGAAAACCAUUUGGAUUUUGUUGCUUCUUUCCCAAGUGGUGGUGGAUUCUCUACUGCCAGUGGAAAGAAGGUAUCUGUAUCUGCAGUGGCCAUUGAAAAAGCCAAACAGCUUUUGCAAGAAGACCGCAACGAUGAUCUGAGCACAAAAAUGAAACACGGAUGCUUCUCAGGAGUCGAACGUGUCGACCGUCAUAUUGGUGGAUUCCAGACCGCAGGAGGAAAGCAAGUCGCUAUUUCUUCCACGGCUCUUAAGAAAGCAAAAUCCUUGCUUGAUGAUUAUGAUUCAGUCGAGGAACAUCCAUCCCGUUAUCCACUGUCAAAAAAAAGUGAGUUCCUAGCUAGCGAGAUGCCAGCCAACUCUCUCUUUGACAACCUCGACUCCACUUCAGAGGGUCCAGCUGUGAAUACAAAUGACGCAAAUACUGCAAGCGAAGAGACGUUAGAUGGUUCUUUUUUAAUUGCAGGUGAGACAAACAGAAAGACCUCUGUACCUAACAAAGCAACACGAGAAGCAGAUGAUUACUUCCAAGACAGGAUGGACAGUAAUGAUGGAAUGCCAGGAAAAGACAAGGAAACAAGAAGUGAAGAAGUGAAAAUAAAUGCGUUCAAGUUUGAAAAUGUGAAUGGUGCACCAUUUGCGGACAAAAACAUAGGGCCUCAUAACAACCUGGAAAACCAUGGAACUCGGUCAUUGGACGUUUGUUGUUCUUCUCUGAGUGUUGGCGGCGGAUUCUGUACUGCUCGUGGGAAGAGUGUGUCUGUCUCUGAUGAAGCAAUGACCAGAGCCAAAUCUCUCUUCAGUGACGUUGAGAGCAACAACUUGAAGCUCCUCCACAACACUAGUUUGCAAAACACCAAACGGGACGAUCUGCAAAAUGUUGGCUUCCAGACGGCCAGCGGCAGAAGAGUUUCUAUGUCUUCCGCAGCUCUCGCGAAGGCAAAAUCCUUUUUCACCGAAUGUCACGAAGACACAGCAGAUGUACCCUAUGCAUGUACAUCCAGCAGUGGUGGAUUUAAUACAGCAAGUGGGAAAAAAGUACUCGUGUCUCACAACGCAAUAGCGAGAGCUAAGUCCCUGCUGGAUGAAAGCUUCACGGACAAAGGCGUAUGCUUCCAGUCACCUGCGGCUCACAAGAAAGCAAAAAACGUCCUGAGGGAGUGUGAGGAGCAGAAUGAUAAAACAAGUGUGAAACCAAGCAAAAUAAUGAAAUGUGAAUUCAACGCAGCCAGUGGGAAACCUGUGUCCUUUUCCGCUGAGGCCCGCCGCAAAGCAAAAGCUCUUUUUGAUGACAUCAGCCUCAAUCAAGGUGUCCAAACAGGCGCACGGAAAAUUACCUUUAGCGUGCCUUCAGUGUCUGGGCUUGCUCAAGGUCAAAGUGCAUUUUUAAGAGAAAAAAAGCCAGCGGCUGCAGAAGCAACGACACAUGAAGGGGGCGACCUUCCUGGACAGGAAAUGUCAGACGAGUUAGAUGGUGAAAUUUACAAGACACCUGAGGAGCCUGCAGUAGUAAAUUUCCAGUCGCACGACCUGACUGACUGCACUGAAACGCAGCAGUUGUUUCUAGCCAAGGAAGCGUUGGACUGUACCAAAGCCUUACUGGCGGAUGAGAGUCUCGCUGGACCCGCCAUGACGUUGGAUAACACUCAGCCAAAGAACGACUCCCAUGGGCCUGCAGAGGAGCAAACGCGUGGCAAAAGAUCAGCAGAAGGCACUGAAUUGGAUGACCAACCUCCUCUAAAAAGAAGAUUACUGGACGAGCUCGACGGAUCUCUUGACAGUCGAGGAGGAUCGAGGCUUUGCCCGCAAACAAGUUCUCCCAAUGGUCUAAUGAAGGACAGGCCAGCGUUCAAGUACAAUGUCUUGCUUCGUCCAAACAUCACCAAGCCACACAGAGACGGAAUGGAUUACGUGGAGGCUUCCGCGUCUCCAAGGACGAACCAGAAGCCCUCGAAGGCCGGGUUGAUUUCUGCUCCUGCGUUUUUCAAGACGACGGAGGCAUGCUCGAGAAGCGGCAAUACAAAAACGCCUCCCGCCUUUGUUCCUCCGUUCAAAAGACAAAGAACGGCGAUCGAACAGAGGUCCACGAAACACUUAAAUAACGACACUAAAACAACACAAAACAGUGAGGACCCUCACACAAGCACCUCAGACCAUCGUAUCACCAGUCACGUCUGCAGUGAAAGGCCACCUGCUGAUGGGUGUUGGAGUCAAGGGACGACGCUAGAGAAUGUCGAGCUGGCACGAGACAUGCAAGACAUGAGGAUUAGGAAGAAGAAGCACCAGACUAUAAGACCUCUGCCAGGAAGCUUGUUUCGAGCUAAAACCUCGGGAGCGACAAGGAUUCUUUUAAAGGAUGUGGUGGCUGGGAGGCCUCCUGCCAAGUACACCCAGAAACAGCUGUACGAAUAUGGCGUGCAUCGGCACGUGUGCAAGAUCACCAGCGAGACCGCAGAGGCUUUCCGCUUCCCUCUCGAGCUGUUCUUCAAAAAGGAUGUCUUUGCAGACGAAGGCAGCAUUCAACUUGCGGACGGCGGGCGACUGAUUCCGAGCAGGGACGGGACGGCCGGCAGAGAGCAGUUCUUUCGAGCCUUGUGCGACACACCUGGCGUGGAUCCCAAACUGCUGAGUGACAAGUGGGUGUUCAAUCACUACAGGUGGAUUGUGUGGAAGCUGGCCUCCAUGGAGAGAUCCUUCCCGGAAACAAUGGGAGGCCUCUGCCUCACACCUGAGAGAGUUCUACUACAGCUCAAGUACAGAUAUGACGUGGAGGUUGACCACAGCCGGCGGCCUGCUCUGAAGAAGGUCAUGGAAAAGGACGACACAGCGGCGAAAGCUCUGGUUCUCUGCGUCUGCGGGGUGGUCUCACGAGGCCAAGUGGGAAACCCGUGUGCGGUGGUGUGGUUGACAGAUGGCUGGUACGCCAUUAAAGCCCAGCUGGAUGAGCCGUUGAGCAUCCUGCUUCGUGAGGGUCGACUGGCCGUGGGCGGGAAGCUUAUUGUCCACGGUGCCCAGCUGGCGGGGUCGCAGGACCCCUGCACGCCACUGGAGGCGCCCGAAUCGCUCAUGCUUAAGAUUUUUGCCAACAGCAGCAGACCUGCCCGAUGGGACGCCAAACUUGGAUUUUACAAGGAUCCUCGGCCGUUCCUGCUUCCUCUGGCCUCGCUGUACGGCAACGGUGGACCUGUCGGAUGCGUGGACAUUGUGGUUCUGAGAAGCUACCCCGUACAGUGGAUGGAGAGGAAGAAUGAUGGAGGCGUGGUGUUCCGCUCGGCCCGCGCCGAAGAGAAGGAGGCGGCUCGCUACAACAGCCACAUGCAGAAGGCCAUGGAGUUCCUCUAUGCCAAGAUACAAGCGGAGUUUGAACAGGAGGACAAGGAGAGCAAACGUCAACUCGCAAGACGGACUGUGAGUCAUCGGGAUAUUGGAGGUCUGCAGGACGGGCAGGAGCUGUACGAAGCAGUGGGGGACGACCUAGCUGGACUGGAGGCCCAUCUGAGCGAGCAGCAGCUGGAAACUCUGCAGGCUUACCGCCGCUCGCUGCUGGAAAAAAAACAGGCGGAAAUGCAGGCUCGCUACCGACGCGCUACCGAGAAAAAUGCGGACGACGGCCAAGCGAGCUGCCCUCAGAGAAACGUCACCCCUGUAUGGAGACUCUGCGUCGCGGACUCUUUGAAUCCCACUGGCAACAUUUACCAGUUGAGUCUUUGGCGUCCGUCGUCGGACCUGCAGGCCCUAUUAAAGGAAGGUUGUCGAUACAAAGUCUAUAACCUGUCCACGUCGGACAGGAAGAAGCGUGCCGAUGCUGCCACGCUUCAGCUCACCGCCACCAAGAAAACACAAUUUCAGGACCUUCAGACCUCUCCAGAAUGCUUAUCAUCGUGCUUUCAACCUAGAGUGUCUACCAACUUUGUGGAUCUUCAAAACCUAGAAUUUAAUCGUGUGUGUGGAGAGGUUGAUCUGACUGGCUGCGUUGUCAGUGUGAUUGAUGGACAAGGUGCUUCUCCUGCCUUCUACCUGGUGGACUGCAACGUGAACUUUGUGAAGGUCCGCUGUUUCAGCAGCCUGCUUCAGGCCGGCCUGGCGGACGUGGUGAAAUCCGGCGCGUUACUGGCUCUGAGCAACCUGCAGCUGAGGGGCCGAUCCGUCCGGCCCACCCCCGUCGUGUAUGCGGGAGACCUCACAGUCUUCUCCGCCAACCCCAAAGAAGAGCAUCUCCAACAGGCCCUCGGACAGCUCAGGAACCUUCUACGGGAACAAGAGAACUUCUUUGUGCAUGCAGAGGACAAACUUUCCCAGGUGCUCAAGUGUAACCUGUGGAGUUCCGCCAGCUCUCCCAAUCUGCCUCCUCAAACUCCCACAAGUCAACACAUGAGGGCGACUACCACACCUCAGCAGCCUAUCAGAAGCCUGGGCUGCUUCACUCCAGUAAGCAGGAACCUUCACCCGCCAGCCAACGCUCCUUGUUCAUUGGAGAAAGACCCGAGAAGCUUGAAGAGGAAGCGAGCGAUGGACUACCUGUCUCGCGUGCCGUCUCCCCCGCCGUUGUUCCGCCUGGGCCCGGCCGCUUCGCCCUCUGUCAAGAAGACCUUCAACUGUCCUCGGAGAACUUCCGUGCUUUGCACUGUAAAAACUGUACACAACCCAACACCGACACCGCUAUCUGGAGGCCCAUCCGAGGAGGAGUGGGUGAACGACCAAGAGCUCGCUAUGAUUGAUACGCAGGCCUUGCGUGUCAAUAACGCACUGUAACUGUAAACUACUGUAUUAUAGAAGUGAACCACAAGUUUAAAAAGGAAAAAAUAAUAAUUUGAAAAAUUGG